CUUUAGAAAACGUCCCACGUCGGCUACAGCUCGUCUUCCGCUGUGCAGCUUGCUGUAGAGCCGUGGUUACUGUCAGGCGGAGCGGGUUUUCUGAGGGACUACUUGGCUGCGCGGAAGUUUCAAGGUGGCGCUGACGUAAUAGAACAAUUUGGGGGCGGAGUCUCGGGAUGAGACCGUGGAACGAGCAACAGUAGAAGCAGGCCUCAAACUCCUGUGCCUGGAGGGCGCUCUCGCCAUACUUCCCACACAGCCGGCAUGGCCUUGCAGCCGGCACCCAGCUGCUCCAGGCAGGCGGUGGAGUCAGAGCUUUAUUUCUUAAUGGCUCGUUUUCUCUCUAGUGGACCAUGCAAAAAAUCAGCGGAGAUGCUGAUUGAAGAGUUAAAUGAACACAAGAAACUUCCAAGCAGAUUUGAUUGGGAAGGGAAUGAACAUGCCAGAACAUACCAAGAAAUGCUGACGGCUAACAAUCGUAUGGAUCCUGAGCAUUUGGUGAAGCUAUGCCAACAAUUAAUAGCAAUGCCUAAAGGCAAUGUUCCAGCUAAUGUCACCAAACCUCACUGUUUGCUUGGAAUUGAUACACGAUCUACAUCAUGCACUAAAAAAGGUUACAAAAAUGCUCAGUGGAGCCAGAAGGCAUUUGUUGCACUGCAGCGUGGGAGACCCCCGGAAAUGCCUUUAAAGAGGGUGGAGCCACCAAACGUUGUGAACGUACUUCACGGACGAGAACGAACUGGCAGUAUGCGCUUCACCUCUGCGUUUCCUGUAUCGAUGUACCAGAAGAUCAAGAUGCAAAAGAGGAUUCUCGGGCAUCUCUCUUCCGUUUACUGUGUUGCGUUUGACCGCACAGGUCAAAGAAUCAUUACUGGCUCAGAUGACUGCUUGGUGAAGAUCUGGUCUACAUUUGAUGGCCGGCUGCUAUCUACCCUGAGAGGUCAUUCGGCUGAGAUCUCGGAACUUACUGUGAACUAUGAGAACACCCUGGUUGCUGCUUCAAGCUGUGAAAUGAUCAUAAGAGUGUGGUCUCUCAGGACGUGCUCACCUGUGGCCGUGCUACAGUUUCAUCUUGCGCCCAUUACCUCAUUGCUUUUCAGCCCACUGGUCAAAGGUUCUCUGAGAUACUUGGUGUCUACAGGAAGGGAUGAUGCUGUCUGCUUUUGGCAGUGGAAUGUGGAAACCUUGAAAUUCAAAGAUCGACCUGUGAAGUUCAUAGAUCCUGGAGCCGAGAUGCUUUGCUCCUCCUGUAGUCCCGGUGGUAUGUUUCUGGCGGUUGGUGGCAGGGACUGUACCAUCAGAAUGUAUUACUGUGGUAAUGAAACCCCUGAGAAAGUGUUGGAAUUUGAAGCCCAUACUGAUAUAGUUGACAGUGUUCAGUUCUCUAACAACGGAGAAAGGUUUGUCAGUGGAAGCGAAGAUGGAACGGCUCGAAUAUGGAAUUUAAAACAGCCGAAGGAGAAUUGUAUUAUACUUCAUAUGGACAUAAAUCUGGAUGACGGAUCUCAAUGUAGCAGUCCCCCCGAGUAUUCAGACCCUAAAGUUCUAAUGAUUGCUUGGAGCCUGACAGAUGACUUUGUUGUGACGGCCAGCAAUGGCCACCUGCUCAAGGUGUGGAAUUCUCACACUGGUAAACUAAUGCAUGUUCUGACGGGUCACGAUGAUGACAUUUAUGUCUUGGAACCUCAUCCCUCAGACUCUAGAGUGAUGUUAUCUGCUGGACAUGAUGGAAAUACUUUCCUGUGGGAUAUUAUUGAUGGCACAAAAUUAAUGCAUUCCUUCAAUGCGAUUCAUGGACAGGGCCACGGUGCCAUAUUGGAUAGUAAGCUGUCUUCUGAUGGCCAGAGCAUUGCAGCGACAGACUCGCAUGGACACCUGUUGUUUUUUGGCUUUGGCCACUGUGAAUCGUAUGAGAAGAUUCCAGAGCAGAUGUUCUUCCACACGGACUACAGACCACUAGCUUAUGAUGCAAAACGGUUUGUCCUUGAUGAGCAAACCCAACAGGCUCCCCACCUGAUGCCACCACCAUUUUUGGUAGAUGUUGAUGGAAAUCCUCAUCCAACUAAAUAUCAGCGUCUGGUGCCCGGGAGAGAGAAGUGUACAGAAGAACAGUUGGUUCCUCAGCUAGCAUAUAUGGAGACACCUGAUGGUGAUAUAGUGGAGCAGGUGAUUAGCCAGCAAGCAAACCUUGAUCAGCAGCAGCGCCAGGAGCCAAGCAUUCUGGAUGGGAUGAUCAGAAAUUUACAAGAUCAGAAUCCUCCGCUACGGUCGCCCGUAGUAGAUGCAAGAAGAGAUGUCUUAUCUCCAAAUAUCGGCCUGAGGCGCAGUGGACAGGUUGAGGGUGUUCGCCAAAUGCAUUCGAAUGCACCUCGCAGUCAAAUUGCUACUGAGCAGGACCUCCUUGCCUGCAAACGCAGAGUUGUCGUGCCAGAGAUACCGAACAGUAUAUUAAGGAAGGAGGAGAUUUUUAAAGUUGUGAGAGGUGAAGAGGAGAAAUCGUUUUAUGAAAAGCAUAAGGAGACUCUGUGUCAUUUUCCGCGGGAUGAUAUAUCUGUCGGAUACACAUCAUCUGAGCAUGACCCACAAGAAGACCGUGGAGUGGAAAUGUUCCUUAACCUUUCCUGUGAGGAAAGAGAAAAUAGUAUGUCUUCUACACAUGAGGACGAGACUGAAUAUGAAGCUGAAAACUCAGUAGCUCUCCUUACCGAGUUUAUUCUUACUGAGGAUAUUCUAUCGGAGGAUGAAGAGUGGAGAAAUACCAUAAGUGACUCGUCCAGUGAGUCCUCUGACCAGACUGAUGAGGAGCCUGUGUCUAAACGGCGCAGACCUAAAAAGUGGGUGAGCAGCACAGAUGACGAGGAGGAGAGCACAGCAGAGGAGAAUUCUGCUGCUGAAAAGUCCACGCCAUCAAGAAAGAGUCAGCUGACACCCAGGGAUCAAAAAGAAGCUGCAAGAGGUUCUGAGGUGGUCUCUCUAAGUGGGGAGAUGUCUCCUGACUGGCGCCCAUCAGUCUGGAUCACGAAUACAACUCCUCAUCGAUCUCCUUUUGUUCCGCAGAUGGGAGAUGAAGUUGUCUACUUCCGGCAAGGCCACGAAGCAUACAUUAAUGCUGUCAGACGCAGCAACCUCCAUAUCUUGAAAUCCUUGAAGGAGCCAUGGAAAAAAUGUGUGCUUAGGGACCAAGAAUUGGUGAAAAUCGUCGGGAUCAGAUAUGAAAUUGGGCCGCCCACUUUGUGCUGUCUUAAGCUGUCCUUGAUUGACCAUGUUACUGGAAAGGUUACGGAUCAGUGCUUCACCUUCAACUAUCACGACAUGCCGGACGUAAUAGACUUCCUGGUUUUGAGACAGUUUUAUGAUCGUGCCUGUCGCACAAACUGGCAAGCUGGUGACAAGAUCCGCUCUAUUAUAGAUGAUGCCUGGUGGUUUGGAACCGUUGUGCAACAAGAACCAUACCAAGCGGAUUAUCCGGACAGCCUGUUCCAGUGUUACACUGUGAAGUGGGAUAAUGCAGAGAUUGAACGGUUGAGUCCUUGGGAUAUGGAAGCCAUUCCUGUUGAUAUGGUUCCACCUGUAGAACCCGGAUCCAGCGUCUCCAUAACACUGGAGGAGCAGGAUAAUUUGCACUAUCGUCCCCAGGAGGGAGAAUGGGGGAAUGGGGAUCAAGACAGUGAAUGUGAACGAAUUAUUUGUGGCAUUGAUCAGCUUCUUAAUUUAGAUUUUGCUGCCCCCUUUUCUGCUCCUGUUGAUUUAAAUGCCUACCCAGACUACUGCAAGGUGGUUCCUUACCCUACAGAUCUUGGCACAGUCCGAAUGAGGCUUGUGAACCGUUUUUACCGGAGGGUCUCUGCCCUGGUCUGGGAAGUGAGAUAUAUUGAGCAGAAUGCACGGUCCUUCAAUGAACCAGAUAGCAGUAUUGCCCAAUCUGCAAAGAGAAUCUCAGAGUUGCUGAUAAAAUUCAUAAUGAACAGCCGCUGUACCAGUAUUACGGAGUUGUGUAGUGCUGCUGAGGAGCAGGACACGUGCGCCAGACAGAGACGGAAUAAUGCAAAUAGCUGGAAGAAAAGUUGCAUGAAGUUGGUUGACUUCAUUAUAGAAUGUGAAGACUCUGAGCCGUUCAGGGAGCCUGUUGACCUGGACCAGUACCCUGAUUACGAGAUCAUUAUAAAAACACCUAUGGAUUUUGGGACCAUAAAGGAAAAAUUGUCAGCCAGGAAUUACAGAAGUCCCCUGGAAUUGUGUGAGGAUAUGAGAUUAGUUUUCUCCAAUGCCAGGCUAUACACGCCAAAUAAAAAAUCACGGAUCUACAGUAUGGUCUUACGACUUUCAGCAUUUAUGGAAGAAAAGAUGAAAAAUAUCCUCUCUGACUAUAACGCUGCCCAGAAAUCCAAAGAGAGAGAUGAAGGACCCAGUACUACGAGUAGAGCAGGCGCAAAGGGCCGCCCGCGUACCAAGGAACAGCUUCGCACAAUAUCCGGCAAUGUCAAAGAAACAAGAGCCUCUCCCACUGGCAGAAUGAACGGUUCUCGGCUAGAGUUGUCUUCAUCGCAGUCUACCUCACAGGGAGUGGCUUCUGUUGCCGGCAAGCUCAGCCUAACCAGCUCCUCCGCAACACACUCACAAGGACCAAGAUCUGCCACUGCUCCCACGAGGAUUGCUAAAUCGCACACACCAACUGCAGGGCGUGACCACUCUCCAAAUGGUUCUAUGUUAUCAGAAGGUGAAAGCAACUCUACCUCUGUUAGCCUGGCUUCUGGACAUUCCUCUGGCUCGUCACCAUCUUCUAGCUCAAAUUCUGAAACCAAUGACAGGACUGAUUCAGGCCCUAUUUCUCGCAGGGUUAAUGGUUUAAGGAGGAAACCAUCUAAUGGUAGACCACCAAGAUCUUCUAGUUCAAAGCAAGCAUCUCAGGACAAGAACCAAAGGAGAACUACGUCUAGUAAAAGGAAAGUAUUAAGUUAUUCUGAUGACUCUGGUCCUGUAGAUAACGGAAAUUCUCAUCAGGGAACGCGGAAGAAAAUGCUCCGGAAGUGUGCUGCUCUGGCAGCCAACAAGAUCAAAUGUAUUUCUGAUAGUGCCUCCACCUCAGACAGCGACUGCAGUGCGAGCAAAAAUACUAGAACACUGCCCCCACGGACUGCUGCUGCAAAAGCCAAGAAACGGCUCUUGGAUGGCAGUGAGGAGGAGAAUGGUUUAAGUGAUAGCGAUCAAGAGCUUGAAACUAAACAGACUACUAAGACUUCACAAAAGACCUCAAAGACUUGUCCAAAGUCCGCCCGUGUUGCACGGAAACUAAAAAGUGAUUCUAGCACCUAUAGUUCAGAUGACGGCAUAAAACUCUCCUCUCCAAAACUGUCUGCUGAUGAGUCUGUGAGCAAGAAUGUAGAUCACAUGAAUGGUGAAAGCCACAGCACAGAUGACCAGUCUGUAUCCAGCUCUUCAGACCCUCGUCCAGCCACCACUGCCAAAAAAUAUCUUGAGGAAUCUGACUGCGGGACAUCCUCCUCCAAAAGUAGCAUUACAGUAUUAAAAAACAAACAGAGCGAACUCAGGAACAAACGGUCACCGGAAUGUAGAGUCGUCCUAACAAACGUUUGCCCGACAGGCACUGAAGAAUUUUUUCGCAAGUCUUGUGGGACUAAAAGGACGGCUCCACCCGCUCGCAGGAGAAUCCCCGAUACAGAUUCGGAUUCAGAUUCUGAAACUCGGGACAGAACGCGACGAAAGAGGAUUGUGACCUCAGCUAUGUCUCCACCGGCUAGAAAAACAAAAGUAUUAAGUGACUCUUCAAAUUCAGGAAGUGAAUAUGACAAUUGUAAGUUCUCAAGUUCUGGUGAGGAUUCUUCAAAAAACAUGAAUCGAGCUUCAUGCUCAGAUUCGGAGUCCUCCCUCUCUGACAGUAGUAUUAAUGUUCACAGCAAAAUUAAUGGAAAAAAUCCAGUUCUAAAAUCUAAAGCCCGUGACCACAAGAGGAAGCGAGCAGAAAGCAGUUGUGACGAUGACUGGGAUAAGCUAGACACUGGAAAACGAGAGAAAUUAACCCGCCGAUCCAAGAUCUGUACAAGAAACCGGGGUAAAAGGACUGUGAGAUACAUUGAUGAUGACGAAACCCCGGCUCAGAGUGACGGAGACUUGAAUCCUUCCGCUUUGUCAAAGCGGUUUCUACGGAACUGAGAGAUGCACGGAACAUCAUGUUUGUUCAAAUUCAGGGAAUAUACGUCUAUUUUUUUUUUUUUUUACAGAAAUAAGAACAUCUAUGAAUGUGGUUAAAAGCAGACUGUACUUAUUUGACUUCUUAUUAAAGCAUUUAUAGCACAGAUGCCAAAGUGUGCCUGAAUUGGUGCUGAUGACAUCUGAAGGCAAAGAUUGUUUGUUUAUAUUGUACAACCCGUAAUUUAGAGGUUUUGUGCAGUGGGAACUUACUACCUAGACCCUCGUUUUACUGCUAGAUUUAUCCGCCAUUGAACACUUAUUUUGCACAUUUUGUUUAACGUUUACAAAUUUCUAAAGUUUUUGUAUUUUUCUUUUUCUUCAAAUUACUUCUUUAUUUUGUGAAUUGCAGAAAAAGUGGUAAAAACCCCCCAACUUAUUGUUCUUUUUUUUUUUUUCUUCCUCAAAACUUGAUCACAGGUUUAUUCCCAAAGUACACAGUAGUGCCAUUCAUUUAUUUUCCAUCUACAGUAACGAUAUCUUCCCUCGUGAAUUGAAGUUCUUUGUGCACACAGCCUGCUUAUUUUGUAAUUAUAUUUGAAAGUUCAACUUGAUUAUUUUAAUAUCGGUUUUCAUGUUCGCUUUCAGCAAGUACAUUUGUAAGUUCUACGUUAAUGAUGGUGAAGGCACCUGAUAGGUUCAGCUGCAUUCAUUGUAGCUCAUGUAGAAAGCCUUUUGGCGCAGUCUCAUGGGUUUAGGCGAGCUCAUCGACCACUGACCAUAGAAGCAUUAUAGCUAUACACUUUAUAUAGAGAUGUUAUACGUCUUCCAUUGAUGGCAAAGGACGCCAGAGCCCAAUAGCGACUUUAGUUCAUUUAAAUCCAGCAGCCCACGAGUUUGUUCAGGCGAGAACUUAGGGUUCCAAGCCAUCUGUUACUUUUGCCUCCGACAGGUAUUCUUGUUUCGGUAUGGAAUAAAAACAGUUUCUGCACGAGUCUCCUUGUUAAUGCAGGGAGAGCGAUUCAGACUAACUCAUACUGUAGGUGCAAUCCUUACAAAGAGCUUAUAGCAACACCCGUGCCAUUUACCCUCGUUGUAAAGGGAUGUGGCGUGUUUGGUGCUCAUGUUAAAUGAAAACACAUGUCUUAUGUUUUAAUAGGUGUGUGUGUACAGUAGUAUGUGUUCCGUAGUUUCUUCUCCUUUUCAUGUAAGAUCAAAAUUUGGAUUAACGUUUUGCACUGUUUACAGUUUGCUUCACAUCUGUGUGUGGGAGCGUAAAAUGCUAGAAAUAGGGGGGAGUUUAUCAAUUUAUUUUUUUGACAGCUAAUUCAUAUCUAAAAGUAUUUUCUGCUACAGAUUAAAGAUUAAGUGCAAUUUAAAA